AUGCAAUUUCUUAAAUCGUUAGUGUUAGCUACUACUAUGGUAUUGACAAGUGCCAAUGAAACAAGUGAUCCCAAGUUAGUCGAAAUAUGGGGUGAUCUUUGGCCAUUCCAAGGAAUCAAUACAUUUGCUCAUUUAGAUCAUUUUUCCUGUUUAGUUGAUAAGACGAUUCCCUUUGAUGUUGGUAUCAUUGGUGUUCCAUUUGACACUGCAGUGUCAUAUAGACCUGGUGCUAGAUUUGGCCCUCGAGCAAUUAGAGCUGCUUCCCAGCGUCAAACUAGUUUACGUGGAUUUAAUCCUCGAGCAAUGUUCAAUCCAUAUGAUUCUUGGGCCAAAGUUGUUGAUUGUGGUGAUUUGCCAGUUACUCCAAUGGAUAAUUCUCUUGCAUUUAGACAAAUGAAUGCUGGGUUUGAAGAAUUACUUUUAAGGAGACAAUCUACUAGUGAAAAUAAGGUCCCUCCAAGAUUUGUUUUAUUGGGUGGAGAUCAUUCUAUUUUACUCCCACAUAUCCGAGCAUUAAAUAAAGUAUAUGGUCCAGUCAAUAUAAUUCAUUUUGAUGCUCAUUUGGAUACUUGGAGUCCAGAUAAAUAUCCUUCGUAUUGGCAUUCUGAACAAAGUGAAUUGAAUCAUGGUUCCAUGUUAUGGAAAGCUCAUGAAGAAGGAUUAACUACAAAGACAAACAUUCAUGCUGGUAUUCGUACCAAACUUUCCGGAUUAAUUGAUUUGGAAGAUGAUGAUUCUCAAGAUUUUAUUCGUAUUGAAGCUGAUGACAUUUGGUUGAAGGGUCCUGAAUAUGUGAUCAAGAAAAUCUUGGAUGUUGUACCUAAAGAUACGCCAAGUUAUAUCUCGGUUGAUAUUGAUGUGUUAGAUCCAGGAUUUGCUAGUGGAACUGGUACCCAAGAACCAGGGGGGUGGUUACCUCGUGAGUUAAUUCAUAUUUUAAGAGGAAUUGAAGAGUUAACAAUUGUUGGUGCUGAUAUUGUAGAAGUAGCUCCGGCAUAUGAUUAUGCGGAAGUUACUGCAACAAAUGGGGCACAGGUUGCCUACGAAAUACUCACGAGUAUGGUAAAGAAAGGAGCUAUUGAUCCUAGUGUAGUUAAGAUAAUUCAUACAUUUGAACAGUAA